AUGUAUCCUCGAUGGAAUCUCAAUCAAUAUGUAACUUAUAUUUUAUUAACACUUCUUUUUCUUUCAUCAUGGACAGAUAUAAAUGGAAUUUUUGCUGAAUUACCACAAAUUAUUUUAACUCAACCUGAAAGUUGGAAAUUAGGUGCAAAUCUUGCUUUGAUUACAAAUCUGGGUAAUAUUGCACCAUUUGUACUUGUUCUUAUUAAAUGUUUUUCUCGAAAACGUACAUUAAAUCCAGUACCAAUUAAUUAUGUUGUUAUAAUUAUUGGUAUGCUUUCAUGUCUUUUAUUAAUUUUCUUUUGGUCAUAUACAACAAUCAUUGUUAAUGAAAAACGUAGUACAGCAUUAUUAAUUCUUGCAUUUUUUCUUUCAUUACUUGAUUGUACAUCAUCUAUUUCAUUUGCUGAUUAUAUACAACGAUUUCGAAAAGAAUUUACAACAACACUUUUUCUUGGAGAAAGUCUUACAUCUAUUAUACCAAGUCUAUUAGCAAUUGUACAAGGUAACGGUCAAAUUCGUUGUAUUCAAACGAUGAAUGGAACAAAUACAACUAAAGCUGUUUAUGAAACUGCACGAUUUUCAGUAUCAAUCUAUUUUCUAUGUUUAUUUAUUCUUUUAACUAUUUCAUUGAUAUCAUUUGUACUUUUACAAUGGACAUCUAUUUCACGAAAUACACAUCAAAUCAUACCGGAUAUAUCAUUAGACACAAAAGAUCCAAUUUAUAAACAACAAAAACCUUUAACAACUUCAUCAUAUAUUCUUCUUUCAUUAGGAUGUACUUAUACAAGUUCAAUUUUAUUUGGAAUGAUUCUUUCAAUAUCUACGUAUGUUCUAAUGCCUUAUGGACAUAAAAUUUUUUAUUUAGGAACAAUUAUUUCACCAUGGAUGUUAACACUUGUUUGGAUACUUGGAAUGAUAAAACCUGUUGUAGCGAAACGUUAUUUAUUAAUCUUAAUUUUACUUGGAUCAUUUACAUUUGCAUUAGAUAUGUAUGUUUCAUUUAAAAGUCCUUGUCCACCAUGGGUUGAUACAACUAAAGGUAGUAUUUUAAUUUUAAUUAUAUGGCUUAGUACUUAUGUAUUAUUGGGUUAUCCUCGUUUGGUUAUUGCAAAUUAUGUACGAACAUAUUCAUCUAAUGGAAUGUUUUGGUUUGGUGUUAAUGUACAAUUAGGUGCAUUAAUUGGAUCCAUUGUUGCUUAUCUUUUAGUUGAAACAUUUUCAUUAUUUCGUGAACGAAUUGCAUGUGAACAAAUUAUUUGUUAA